AUGGAGAAGCCAAGAGAGCAGCUCUGUAGGUUAUGCCUCAAUGUGGUAAGGGAAGAACAUUUUGAAGAGAUAACAGACGCCACCAGGGAUAUAUUAGACGUUCUUCGACUGAAAUUGGAUUUUGACGGAAAAAGUAAACAAAUAAUUUGUAGGAUUUGCUCACGGAAGUUAAUGGAGGCAUACAAAUUUAAGUCGACGUGUCUCUGUAUUGAUAAUAUCAUAAUUUUUUACGUUGAUAAAAGAGCAUCUUCCGUUGACUUAAGAGACAUUUACACAAGAGAAACAAAAAACAAGCAAUUAAUUUACGCAUUAGACGCUCAUAAAGUUUGUAGAUUAUGUAUGCAGUUAAUAAAAGACAAAUUUGUAUCGAUAAAUGAAAUGGAUGUUAACAAAUUAGAAAAGUAUAUGCCAGAAAUAAAUUUCAGUGUUGUCGAAGAUCCGGUUAUUUGCAGACAAUGUUCUGAUUCCUUCAACACCCAUAGUAGCUUCAUAAGAAAUUGUUUAGAAGCAGAGGACAAAAUUAAGUGUACUCAUAGCACAGACAUCCCCGACAGUUUGGUAUGGAUGCCAUCGUUAGUUUCGAGCAUUGAACCCAGGUCUGAAAUAAAAUCUGAAACAAAUGAACAGGAAGAGGAGAUGAGCAAAACAGAACCCACUCUAGCAAAACCUGAAGACGAAGAGAUGUCGAUUAAAGCCGAGCCUAUCGAAAUAAAGUCGGAACUUAAAGAUACGGAGAGUGGCGUGUCAUUCCAUAACCAUAACACCAAUAUUGAAUUUGUUGACUGCAUGCAUGGGUGUGAGUUAGAAAAUGUAAAAACAAGAAACUGUAUUAUGCACGAAAAACAACUUGUUAUGGAACACAAAAAUAAAUUAGAAAUAAACAUGUAUAGUUGCAAUUUGUGUGGUUUUAAGACCAAGUAUAAAUACAACAUCAGAAGGCAUGUGUCAAAUCACAGCAGUAAAUAUGGCUUACCUGAUGAUGACUUGCCAUUCCAUAACCAUAACACCAAUAUUGAAUUUGUUGACUGCAUGCAUGGAUGUGAGUUAGAAGAUGUAAAAACAAGAAACUAUAUUAUGCACGAAAAACAACUUGUUAUGGAACACAAAAAUAAAUUAGAAAUAAACAUGUAUAGUUGCAAUUUGUGUGGUUUUAAGACCAAGUAUAAAUACAACAUCAGAAGGCAUGUGUCAAAUCACAGCAGUAAAUAUGGCUUACCUGAUGAGUUGAAACUAGAGGAUUCAUCAGUAGAGAACAAACCUGACUUAGGCAACUACGACACUGAGUGUAAUGGUCAGCACAGCCAGCUUGCUAGUGGUCAGCGGAAACCAGAAGAUCAUGUGUUAACACAAAUGUAUAAGUGUGAUAAGUGCGAUUUCGAAAGCAAGUACAAAACAAGUGUGAAACAUCACCAACUGAGACACAAGGAGCCGUCAGAAGUCCACAUGUAUGAAUGCGAUAAUUGUGGUUACAAAACUAAGUAUAAAAGUCACCUCGUUAGUCAUCAGUCGAUUCACGGGGACCGAUCGCAAGUGCGAAUGUACACGUGUGACGCGUGUGACUUUCAGAGUAAGCACAAAACGAGUCUGAAACACCACCGAUUGAGGCACAAAGACUUGUCUCAAGUCCAGUGGUACAAGUGUGAUGCUUGUGAUUUCAAAAGUAAAUACAAAUCAAGUCUGGGGUACCACCAACUGAAACAUAAAGAGCUGUCCGAAGUACCGACGUAUAAGUGCGACGCGUGCGAUUAUGAGAGCAAAAAGAAGAGCUGUCUAGUGCUCCACCAGCGGAAGCACAUGGGCCCGUCGGAAGCUCCUUUGUACAAGUGUGAUUUAUGUGACUAUGAGACCAAGUACAAUAACCAUCUAGUCAGUCACCAGCUGAAACAUAAAGACCGUUCUCAAGUGCAGUUGUACAAGUGUGAUAAAUGUGAUUAUGAGACUAAGUAUAACAGCCAUCUUGCUAGUCAUCAGCUGACUCACAAGGACCCUUCCCAAGUGCAGAUGUAUGAGUGUGAUUUGUGCGAUUUCAAGAGUAAACAUAAGGCUAGCCUGCGAUCCCAUCGUCUGAGACACGAAACUUCUCCUGAGGUGUACACAUGUGAUGGAUGUGGUUACAAGACUAAAUAUAAGAGGUGCUUCAUUAUCCAUCAGCGGAAACAUAAAGAUCCUGUCUAA